CCUAUUGUUCCUUAAUCCUGGCGGCGGGGGUCCCAGGGCAUGAGCUCACUCAUGCAUACAGGCCGCUAUCUCAAGUUUAGAAGAAAGAGUGCAGAAAGUUCACAAAGUUAACAGCGCCUGCGUUUAACGCCCAGUGACUUCAAAAUGAUUGUGUGGUUGUUGACGACAUUCUCGGCAGGACUACUCGCUAUUUUUCUAUACCAAUGGACAACACAUCCGUUCUUUUGGGUCGAUUUAAGGAACUACUUGAAACUUCGGAGUUUCAAAAAGGAGAUGCAGACUCGUAUGCGGAAGGGAAUCGUGACAUACCUCGACACUUUUCUUUACCAAGCGAGAAUAACCCCUGACAAACCCUUCAUCAUCUACGAAAGCCAAUCCCUCACGUACCAAGAUGUGGACAAAAGAAGCAACCAGUUUGCUAAAGUGUUUAGAUCUGCAGGAUCUUUAAAGAUGGGGGACGUGGUGGCUCUUCUGAUGUGUAACCACCCGGACUUCAUUUGUGUCUGGUUCGGCCUGUGCAAACUGGGCUGUGAAGUCGCCUUUCUCAACUUCAACAUCAAGGCGUCCUCCCUCCUGAGUUGUCUGCAAAGCUGUGGAGCCAAGUCACUUGUGGUGGGCGCCGAUUUGGUGGCUUCUUUAGACAAGGUGCUGCCCACCCUGAAGGCUAGUGAUAUCUCCUUGUGGACGGUAGACCACAGCGCUCCUUGUGAUGGCUUCAACAGUCUGCUGGAUAAACUGGACAAGGUGUCUGAAGAGCCAUUGCCUGAUCCUCCCAAAGUUAACAUCAUGUCUAACUUCCUCUUCAUAUUCACCUCAGGCACUACUGGUCAUUCUAAAGCCGCGCGGUUGGGUCACCUCAAAGCCAUCAUGAGCAUGGCCUUCCUCCGGUUCUGCGGCGUCACGUCCGACGACAUCGUGUACAUCACUCUCCCGUUGUACCACAUGUCCGCGUCCCUGCUGGGGGUCGGUGGGUGCAUACAGCUGGGUGCAACGUGUGUGUUGAAGAAGAAGUUCUCGGCCAGUCAGUUCUGGAAGGACUGUGUGAAGUACGAUGUGACUGUGUUCCAGUACAUAGGAGAGCUCUGCCGCUACCUGGUCAACCAUGCAUGGGUCACCGAGGAGGGGGCCCACCGCGUGAGGCUGGCGGCGGGCAGCGGCUUACGGCCCGACGUGUGGCGGGAGUUCGCCCGGCGCUUUGGGAACAUCAAGAUCCGGGAGGGCUACGGUCUGACCGAGGCCAGCGUGGGGUUCCUCAACUACACCGACGAGAUCGGGCCCAUCGGAAGGGCCAGCUACUUCAACAAGCUUUCUAUGCCGUUUGAGCUCUUGAAGUAUGAUCCCAAAACAUACGGCCCGAUCCGCGAUGGCUCCGGAAGAUGCAUAAAAGCCCCAAAAGGGGAGGCAGGCAUGCUGGUGGCCCCCCUGACGGUCACCAGUCAGUUCCUGGGCUACGCGGGGAACAAGACCCAGACGGAGAGCAAGGUCCUGAGGGACGUGGUCCGGCCUGGAGACGUCUACUUCAACACGGGAGACCUGCUCCUCUGCGACCACAGGGACUUCCUGUACUUCUGCGACCGCAUCGGAGACACCUUCAGGUGGAAAGGAGAAAAUGUAGCCACUACAGAGGUCUCUGAGGUCCUGGGAAGCCUGGACUUCCUCCAGGAGGUGAACGUCUAUGGUGUCACUGUGCCAGGAUAUGAAGGUCGGGUGGGCAUGGCUGCAAUCAUCUUAAAGCCGGAUCAUAAAUUAGACGGUGCUGAAAUCUACAAGCAGUUAGUCGGAAGACUCCCGUCCUAUGCCUGGCCAUGGUUUCUCCGAAUUCAGACCUGCCCGGAAAUGACGGAGACGUUCAAACAGCAGAAGGGGAAACUGGUCCACGAGGGCUUCAACCCAGCAGUGGUGAAGGAGCCCCUGUAUUUCAUGUCUCUCUCUCAGAAGGACUACAUUUCCCUUUCUCAAAGUCUGUACGAUGACAUCAUCUCCGGCAAGAUUUUACUGUAGACAGAAAACGCAGCCAAUCCAAGUUGAACUCAGGUUGAAAUAAACGUAAAGGGAGAAAUAGAUUAAUACACUAUUGAAUUUAUUCUUAAGAAUUAUAUAUCGAUUUUAUGUUUAUAAAACAUUUGAGGUUAUUUAUGCUUAUUUGUUUUUAUAUGUUUUAUCCUUUAACAUAUAUACGGUUGCUACGUUUCAUUAACAAAACUUCCUGAGACAUGCCUGACUUUCUAUGAGCUCUUUAACAUUUUAUCAUGGCUUGGGGAGGGUACAUCUGUGGAAAGAAUGACCAUGUUUCUCUCCUCCUUAGAACUGCUUAUCGGCAGAUGAACGCGUGUCUUGGCUGUCCUAGACUUGCAUGGCGGUCCUAGACUUGCAUAGCUGUCCAAACGCCAAACGCCAUCAAGUGAAAGAGCUUCCAAAGCUUUCUUUGUGCGGCAGAAUCUAUCCCUAACUCUAAGAUUAAGCAUUAAACGUAUUCACAAAACAUCAGUGCUGUUUCACCACGUGUGUGGUCAACCAGUCUCACUGAAUCGACGUGGGUUAGGGUCAAUGCCCAUCCAUCUCUGAAGACAAGAUGGAUGGACACGCACUAGUAACUGAAACAAUAGUGCUAGACCAGGCAGGAGGGAAGAGUAGCGGGUCUGAAGCAAUGAAGCCAACGGUUGAUCAAUAGGCCUUUCAUAGUGAAACCCAGUAUGGAACCAGGGAUGUGGAACAAAGGUUUUACCCAUGCUGUGGAUCACAGAACUGGGUCACAGGAAAAUUCAUCAUUGUUCCGCUGUAUUUCCCCAGCUGGGGGUCUGUGUGCGUCCGACUUAGCUUUUUUAUUUUUCCGUACAUGUCACUAAUGUGUAGUGUCGUUGCAUUUCAAAAGAAUUAAAAGCAGACUUGUCUAAAAUAGAA